CCAGCUCCCGGACGUCCCCCCGCCCCCCGCCCCCACCGGACACGGCCCCCGCCCUGCUCGCCCCGCGAGGUCUGCCCGCGCCCCGUCAUGGAGGACCUGGGCCCUGUCUCUGCCUUAACCUUGACCUCCCAACCUCUCACCCUGACGGCCUCUCCCUGCAGAUGCCCUGCUCUCUGACCUGGAGACCACAACCUCUCACAUGCCAAGGUCAGGGGCUCUAAAAGAGCGGCCCCCAGAGCCCCUCACGUCUCCUCUGACACAGAUGGGGUCCGGGGAAUCUUCAGGAGCCUCUGGGGACAAGGAUCAUCUGUACAGCACGGUAUGCAAGCCUCGGUCCCCGAAGCCUGCGGCCCCUGCAGCCCCUCCAUUCUCCUCUUCCUGUGGUGUCUUGGGCACGGGUCUCUGUGAGCUAGACCGGUUGCUUCAGGAACUUAACGCUACUCAGUUCAACAUCACAGAUGAAAUAAUGUCUCAGUUCCCAUCUAGCAAGGAGACUGCAGGAGAGCAGAAGGAGGACCAAUCUGAGGACAAGAAAAGGCCCAGCCUCCCUCCCAGUCCAUCCCCUGUUCUCCCAAAGCCUUCAGCCACCUCAGCCACCCUGGAGCUAGAUAGGCUGAUGGCCUCACUCUCUGACUUCCGUGUCCAGAAUCAUCUUCCGGCCUCUGGGCCAACCCAGCCACCAGUGCCAAGCUCCGUGAAUGAGGGCUCCUCCUCCCCACCAGGGCCCGCUGGCGAAGGCAGCCUAGACACCAUGCUGGGGCUGCUUCAGUCUGACCUCAGCCGCCGAGGCGUUCCCACCCAAGCCAAGGGCCUCUGUGGCUCCUGCAAUAAACCCAUUGCUGGGCAAGUGGUGACGGCGCUCGGCCGUGCUUGGCACCCUGAGCACUUCGUAUGCGGUGGCUGUUCCACAGCCCUGGGAGGCAGCAGCUUCUUCGAGAAGGAUGGAGCUCCCUUCUGUCCCGAGUGCUACUUCGAGCGCUUCUCCCCACGAUGUGGCCUCUGCAAUCAACCCAUCCGACACAAGAUGGUUACUGCCUUGGGCACCCACUGGCACCCGGAGCAUUUCUGCUGCGUCAGUUGCGGGGAGCCCUUCGGAGAUGAGGGUUUCCACGAGCGGGAGGGCCGCCCCUACUGCCGCCGAGACUUCCUGCAGCUCUUCGCCCCGCGCUGCCAGGGCUGCCAAGGCCCCAUUCUGGAUAACUACAUCUCGGCGCUCAGCGCACUCUGGCACCCAGACUGUUUUGUCUGCAGGGAAUGCUUCGCGCCCUUCUCGGGAGGCAGCUUUUUUGAGCACGAGGGCCGUCCGCUGUGCGAGAACCAUUUCCACGCGCGGCGCGGGUCGCUGUGCGCCACGUGUGGCCUCCCGGUGACCGGCCGAUGCGUGUCGGCCCUGGGCCGCCGCUUCCAUCCGGACCACUUCACCUGCACCUUCUGCCUGCGCCCGCUAACCAAGGGCUCCUUCCAGGAGCGCGCGGGCAAGCCCUACUGCCAGCCCUGCUUCCUCAAGCUCUUCGGCUGACCGCCUGCCGGGCUCGCCCCUUUGGGAGAGCACGGCCCCCCAAACCUCGCCCUUCCCGAAAAGACCGGGCUCUCCAGACCCCAAGGCCUUGCUCUUAGAGCGUGCGGCUCCCCCAGCCCAGCUCCGUGAGGCCCCACCCACUGGAGGGACAGGCCCCGAAGGUACUGUACGUUCUCCAUGGGCGAGUUCAGAAAAAGCCCCGCCGAUCCUAAGGCCACGCGCCCCACGAAGUGGGUCGUACACUGGCAAGCGAUCCCGCGUGAGCCCUUCACUUUAUUCCCAGCCUUGAGGGAGCCCCCCGACUGGAGGAGGGCCCUUGCAAUUCCCACGAAUCCGAGGCCAGGCCAGGAUGUCCCUCUCCCCGCCCCUCACUGCUCAGUGCACUUUUUUCUACCAACAUAAACACACAUUCCACGUCACACAGGUGCUGUGUCUCUGCGCGGGAGUGCCUCGCGUUGCGACGCCCCGCCCCUUAUACUGUCUCGGGCUGUGAUGCGUGAUGCGUUCUAGGCCACCGCCCUGUGGCGGGAGCCGGACCUUCAGACUCAGCCCUUGCAGGCUGUCCUUCACCUGUCAGAUGCGCCUGAGGAAAAGCUGGCCACCUGCGCAGGAUUGUACAGACGGUGACAAGCCGGGACGGGAGCUCAAGCAGGACCCACCAAACCUUCCCGUCCCCAACCCCCCAUCCUUCAUUUCCUUAUAUCCUCGAAAUACGCACUUAAUCUGUACCCCUCCCACUCCCUUCCACCUUGCCACCUUGGCUGGUUUCCAGAUUUUUCCCCCUCCUUAAAAGACCCUCAGAGAUGGGGCUCCAUUCAAGUGCCAAUUUGUGCCCACCUUUUGGAUCUGGGCAUUAAAUUACAGCUUCCCUCAUAUGGGUAUUGACUCAUAACAGCUCCGCUAGGCAGAGGAUGACACUUGGGGUGGUCAGGGCAGUGACUGAGGGAAGCGCUGGGGGCUGUAAGAGCCAGAAGGAGGCUUCUAACUCAGAUUGGAAGUCAAGGAGGGCUUCCUGGAGGAGGUGACACCUGAGCCUAGCCCCAGCAGAGAAGGGUGGGGCCAGGGGUUCUUAAGUAUGGAGAAGUUCAGGCUCCAUCUGAAUCCCUAAGCCCCAGAGGCCUCUCUAAGACUCUGAAGUUCCCUAGGGAGGGGGCCUGGAUUCCUGGGGCCUAACUACAGGGACCUUUGAGGCUGUAAACAAUGGAUUAUCAGAGGCCCUUCCAGCUCAAGGAGGAGCUAACAGCCAAGGAGAACAUGUGUGGGCAAGAGACAAAGGUGAGGUUCUCUGUCUUGGCCUCGGGCAGAACCCCCAGAUCCUUUCCUCUCUGAGGCUCCACCCCCUGGGUCUUCCUAGGCCUCCUGCUCUUCCUCUUCCACAAAUUCUUCCUGGGGAAUGCUUUCCAUCCCUUGGCUUGUAACCACCACCAAGUCUUGAGCCAUUCAUUUACCAAGUGUUUACUGAGCACGUGCUGUCCUAGGCUCCAUGCCAGGUGCUGGGGAGACCAUAGGGAACAUGUUCCUUGGCCUCACAGUCUAGUAGGGGAGACAGAGGAAAAACAAACACACAGUGACAAGCAUGAUGAAGUAAUGGGGACUUCCUUGAUGGCCUAGGUAAAGCUGGCCCUUCCCUCUAGUUUCCACCCACAGCACCUCCCUAGUCCCUCACUUAUCACUAUUGCAAAUAAGUGUUUGUUUGUUGCUUGUUUAUUUCUGAAAUGAAGGCAAGCUCCUGGGAGUUUGUGUGUCAGAUGACAUGUUUGUUUUGCCGACCGUUAUCUGUCCAGCGUCUAGGAUGCUGUCUAGCAUGUGGUAAGUGCUCCAUAAAUGUUGGCUAAUGAAGGAAGGAAUGAGGAAGGAAGGAAAGGAGCGAAGGCUAGAAGGAAAAAAUAGAGAACUAAGUUAGUGAAGGUGGGGAAGGGAGUACUUGAACCAGAUUGUCAGAGAAGGCCUCUGUGAAUAUGUACAUUGAGACUUUGAAGGUUGAGGAAAGAGGCAGCCAGGCAAAGAGCCUGAGGAGAGCAUCCCAGGCAGAGGAAACAGCAAGUGCAAAGGCCAGGCGGUAGGAAAGAGCUUGGCACAUUGGAAGAAAGCAAAGAAGGCCAGUGUGGAUGAUUAGAGUGAGCAAGGGAGAGAGUAGUUGGAGAUGAGGUCAAAGAGGAAUCAGGUGCCACCUCACGAAGGGCUUUGCAGGACCCCGCGAGGACACAUAGAUUUGAUUUUAAGUGCCCAUAACCCCAACGUGUCCUCUGAUGCUUGCCCCUGGAUUUCUCCCAGGCCCUUCAAAUUCAUCACCCACUGAAGCAGACACUGUGGGUGCCCUGCCCAUAUCCACCUGGCCCACCUGGGAAGUCGUAUGCAGACACUUCCCAGACACUCAGUCUCCCCAGCUGCUCCCUGAGUUUCUGUCUAAGGGUCCUCUCUGGAGGAGGGCCUGGGGUGGGUGGGGGAAGUUCCAUAACCUCCAGCCAGUUAGAGACAGGGAUUGGUGAAUGAAUACCCCAGCUUUCUGGCCCCUUGGGGGUCAGUGCUGAGGUGAGUUCUCCACAGUGUCUCAGAGGGUCCCCACUGGGAUUGUCACAGUGGUAACCUUUCGAUUAAUACAUGCUUUAUUGGCUUUUCUCCUUUCUUUGUCUCUCUUCCCCACUCCUUACUGGGAUCGGCUCCCCAAUACAGUCAUUGCACCCCAAUUCUCAUCGUAGAGUCUGCUUUUGAAGGGACCAAAAUGAAGGCAUUCCUUAAAUAACUCAUCACAUUCCCCUAAAAUAUUGUUCUCCGUUCCCCAUC